AUGGAUUAUCUUUGGUUCAAGUCUCGGUACUUUGCAAGAGGUAAAACCCUUCGUUAUGUGGUCACGUUCUGUUCGUGUACCGGUUUUUUGCUUUUAGGAUAUGACCAGGGAGUCAUGGGGUCAAUUAUUGGCGACCCAGUGUUUCUCAAACAGUUUGGGUAUCCCGAUGCUACCACCCAGGGUUUACUCACGUCAGUGUAUGACUUGGGGUGUGUGCUUGGCUCGAUCGUGGCGUUCUUUGUGGGAGAAAAACUUGGGAGAAGAGCCAUGAUGUUGUUUGGGGCCUUCAUCAUGAUGGUGGGGACGGUGCUACUUGGCAGCUCCUACACCCGUGCCCAGUGGUACGUAGGGCGGAUGGUCACCGGUAUCGGCAAUGGGUUUAACUCGUCCACCAUUCCCGUCUACCAGUCUGAAUGUGCUACUGGAAACAACAGAGGAAGGCUAUUGACAUGGCAGGCAAUUGUGACGAUUUUGGGAGUGGUGAUCGCCUACUGGAUCGGGUUUGGAUGUUCAUACACAAACUCGUCCCUCCAAUGGCGAUUCCCCAUCUCUUUCCAGGGAAUUUUUGCCAUUGCCUUGUUCUUUGAAACCUGGUUUUUGCCUGAAAGUCCCCGGUGGUUGGUGCAGCAGGGCCGGUCAGAGGAGGCAGCCGAAGUGUUGGCAGCCUUGGACAGUGACACUUCCACCAUCACCACCGAGAGGGUGAUCCGGCAGAGAAUCGAGAUCGAGACGGCAGUGGAGAUGGAGUCACGUGGAGGACCUUUCAAGGUGUCUGAGUUGUUCAGUGGUGGAGAGCUUCAAAACUACAGACGAUUGUUGAUCUCAUUGUUCCUUAUGUUUGCACAGCAGUUUGGAGGCUCGAACUUCAUCAACUAUUAUGCUCCCACAAUCUUCACGUCGGCCAUGAAUAUGGACCGGGUGACAUCGUUGAUUUUGGCGGGCUGCACGGAGAUCGUCUACCUUGGGGGGUCGUUUAUUCCUCUUUGGCUCAUCGAUAAUCCCAAAUUGGGUCGCAGAAACCUUCUUAUGAUUUCAGGCUCGGGGCUUUCUUUCUGCUUUAUCAUGGUGUCAAUAUUGCUUUCCAUCGGUGGGUAUGGAUGUUCCGUAGGGGCAACGUUCUUUGUGUUUUUGUACCAGCUCUUCACCGGAGUAGGGUGGCUUCCAGUGCCCUGGUUUAUGGCAGCCGAAAUCAACAUCACCAGAUUGAGGUCACGGGUACAGGCGGUGGCUUCGGCCUUUAACUGGCUCUGUGUAUUUGCGGUGGUGCAGAUCACCCCCAUAGCUAUCGACAAUAUUGGGUGGAAGACCUUUAUCAUCUUUGCCAUUCUUUGUGCUGCAUGGGUUCCAAUUGUGUUUGUGUUCAUUCCCGAAACGGCUGGGUUGGAGUUGGAGGAUAUUGACUAUAUAUUCAAGAGAACUGGGUUUACCAGAGGGGUGUGGGAGACUAGAGGAAGAACUGUGCAGCACGAUGCACAUGCCAGGGCCAUCCACCUUCUUCCUGAGGAUGACGAGAAGGAUAUUAGUAUCGUCGAGGUGGAUGACAAUGGUAGCGUUGAGGCUGUAUAG